CUCGAUCCGUGUGGAAGAGCAUCAAAUGUAUGGUGGUGUGUGUAAACGUCAAGAGCUGCGGGUGCAUUUUCAAAUCAAAACAAACUGGUGUUGGAAACGGAUGAAAGUGAUUUCUUUUGCUUCGAACUUAAAGUUGUUUUUUUUUAUUUCUUUUGCAUAAAACCAAGUGAAAAUGGAUACGUCCAAACGUUUGAAGAAAAGUGGAGUGGCGAGCAAGCGUGCCAAAGCAAUUUGGGAGCGCUUUGAAAAGGAAUGGGAAGAGGAAAAUCUUCCGGGAACAAGCAGCGGUGUCGAUCAACAAGCUUCAUCAUACGGGAAUGUGCAGCCGGAUGCCGUUGAAGUUGCCGAUAUGCCCAUGGAAUCAGAAGCAGCGGAUUACGUUUCUGAUGACGAUGAAGACGCUGAUUGCUCGGUGUUGGAAGACGAUUGGAGUGAAGGCGUAUUGGAGGACGAAGUCAAUGAGGAUGAGUAUUUUGAUGCUGAUGAAGCCCCCGAAGGCAAUGCUUAUGCUAGCAGGCUUAGGAUAUGGGCUUUAACUCAUAAAAUAACGCAUUCUGCAUUGAGUGAUUUGCUGGUGUUGACUCGUGAAACUACAAAUAUUUCUCUUCCUAGGUGUGCAAAGACGCUACUGAAGACUCCGAAACAGGUGGAGAGACAUUUUACGGCCGUUGGAGAAGGGCAGCUUUGGUACCAAGGAAUACAAAGCACUCUCCAACAAUAUUAUCGAUCUGUACCACCAGUCAUCAGAUUGAUAGAAGCUAAUAUCGCGGAAGAUGGACUUCCGAUGCAUAAUAGUGGACCAACGCAGCUAUGGCCUAUAUUAAUGCACAUAGUUAAUCUACCAGCACUGCCAAUCAUGGUGCUGGGUGUAUUUUGUGGUGCGACAAAACCGAGCUGUUUGGAAGGGUUUCUCCGGCCUUUAGUGGAUGAUAUCAACCGCGUACUAGUGCAAGGCAUUGAUGUUAACGGAAUUAUCAUCGACUUUCUCCUGAAAGCUAUUGUAGCAGAUACACCAGCUAAUAUCGAUAUUUGCUUUUCAGUUGCUCGAACAAUUUGUAUUAGAAUAUAGCACAGUUUAUAGUCGAACACAUUUAACAAUUAACGUUCAUAAUUUACUACAUGUAGCAGCAGAUGUUGAAAAUUUCGGGCCUCUUCCAUUUUUAUCAACUUAUCGUAUUGAG